ACUGAGUUUGUUUUGACUAACUUGUUAGCUAGCGCUGUUAGCCGCAUCUUAUUCAGGAAAUGGCCAGGCUGCUAGUCGUCUCAUUGCCUGUUAGCAAAACCGGCUAAAAUCUCACACCAUGAUGCUAUUACCGAACAACAUUAAUGUCAGAAUGAUAGCUAAAUACGUUUCUACUAACUAUAAGUUCCUCUGCACUGGCAUACUGGCUGGCUGUCUAGCUUAUUGAAUGCCACAAGUGCUUUAUAUAAAAAGACUUCUGUGCUAAAAUUAGUUAGCAUGGCUAGCUUUGGCUGCUGUCUGUCUGGAUAAUAACUUCUGUCUUAUUAAUAAUAGCGGAGAGCCUGUGUCGUGUUAACGGUUAAAUCAUGGACGAGUAAAGAGCUAGCUAGCUUUCCAGCUGAUUACUGUUUAUUGUAGUAUGCUGGGGUAAUGCAGAUAGAGAGUAGCUGGCUAGCUAGAUAAUUUGCUUAGUCAGCCAGUGAUUUAAUUCUCAUGCUGACAGUGUCUGGUGUUUAGUUUUACUGUGGAACAUGUCAGAUGAUUUCUCGGCCAGGGUUUAUAGCCAAACCGGUGACAUUUUGGUUAAAGCGACCUGGUGAAAUGAUACUAGCUGCUGUGGAAAUAAAAGCCACCUGAACAUGCAACGUGCUGGAGCUGUAGAUCCUGAGGCAAAGCCGUACUGAAAACAUCUUGCUACAGUUAAUAUAUGUAAUGGAGGAGCUACACAUUCAUUGCCAGAAUUGUGUGAACAGAAGAUGCAUGGUAAGACUGGAGACUGGGGUUUCGUGUGACCUCAUGGGCUGUCCUCUUGUGUGUGGGGCAGUUUUCCACUCAUGUAAAGCAGAUGAGCACCGAUUACUAUGUCCAUAUGAAAGAGUGCCAUGCCUAAAUAGUGGUUUUGGAUGCCCCUUCACUAUUGCCAGGAUGAAAAUGGCACAGCACCUGGGAAUAUGUCCAGCCAGUGUUGUGUGCUGCACCAUGGAAUGGAACCGAUGGCCUGUUAGCUAUGCUGAUCGUAAAUCCUAUGAAAACUUGAGUAAGGAAGUUACUGAUGUAGAACAGCUAGAUAUGGCAUUGGCUCUACAAGAUCAGCGCAUGUUACUCGAGUCUCUCAAAGUGACCACCACUGUGGCAAAAACUGCGGAUGGACAAAAUGAAGAAAAUGAAAGAUUAAACUCUAGUAUCGAAGAAGCAGACUUGAAAAAUGGACUAAUUGAAAUGGAUGGGGAGACGUACGAUGAACUUUACAAGGCGUCAGUGGAAACCAGCAGAAAUUUAGCAGCAGCUUUGGACAUUCUCAGCAGUGCAAACAAAGGUAUUGACUUGAUUAUGGAAAACCUCAGUGGUAAGAAUGUAGAUAAAAAUGGGGCUUGUCACAGUGGUAUAAAUGGGGAUCAUUGUUCAAAAGAAGAUAAAAUGGAGCUAAUGAGAGAAAGUGACACAGAUUCAGAGUGUGAGCUAGGAGCUGUAGGUGGAGUAGACCAUGCUUUUCCAGUAGAUUUUGAUGAAGAUGAGAGCGAGUGGAGGGAGCAAAGUGCAUUUGAUGAGCCUUCUGAUGAAGAGGAGGAAAUAAAUGGCAAUAUGAAUGUUGAUGGACAUGGCUUUUUAAAUGUAGAGGAUAAUCAAAAUCAUGUCAGGCUUGAAAUGCAUGUGGAGAGACCCGUGGUAAAUUUCAACAACUUUGCAGAUGCUAGGCCAAUGAUGCCUUAUCAUUCCAUGCCCAUUGUAGCACGGCAACCAGAAAUGGCCCAUUCACCCCAGUUCCCUCUACCUCCACCCAUACCUCUGCCUGAUUUAGUGCAGAACAAUGUUUUACACCAACUGCCUGUUGAAAUUGAGGACCGGUGGCUGGAGCGCAAGUUGCAGAACCUUCAAGUUCUUAGAGGCAUGGGUAUGUUUACAUGUAACGGACGGAAGACUCUUCUGUCCAGUCCAUAUUUGUUCCGGGCUAAGAUGGAAGAUAAGGCAGUGGACACUUCAGACCUAGAGGUUGUGGACGAUCCAAUAGGCCUUCAUGGUAUCGACUUGAUCACUGCUGCUUUGCUCUUCUGCCUCGGUGACUCCCCGGGUGGUAGAGGCAUUUCGGACAGCCGUUUUGUAGAUGGGUAUCGAAUUGACUUUGGCACACAGACUUUUUCCUUUCCCUCUGCUAUACUGGCCACCAGCACCAUGGUGGGUGACAUCGCCUCAGCAUCUGCCUGUGAUCAUGCCAGCCCUCAGCUGUCCAACCCCAGCCCAUUCCACACACUCAGACUGGACCUGGUGCUGGAGUGUGUUGCUCGUUACCAGACCAAGCAGCGCUCUAUGUUCACAUUUGUGUGUGGGCAGCUGUUUCGCAGGGACGAGUUCUCCUCCCAUUUUAAAAACGUCCAUGGGGACAUCCAUGCUGGGCUCAAUGGCUGGAUGGAGCACAGGUGCCCUUUGGCAUUCUAUGGUUGCACCUACUCCCAGAGGAGGUUCUGCCCCUCUGUGCAGGGCUCUAGAAUUAUUCACGACCGGUACCUGGGCUCAUUUGGUGUGCGGUCUGGCUUAGCGGAACGUCCAGGUAAAGUCCAGUGCCUCGAUCGCUCCCACUGUGACCACCUCAGCAGCUUACCCUUUGAGCUACUGCAGCAUGUUGCAAGCUUUCUGGAUGGUUUUAGUCUGUGCCAGCUGUCCCGAGUGUCUCGUACCAUGAGGGACGUUUGUGCUAGUCUGCUAAAAUCACGUGGUAUGGUGGUCUUGCUUUGGGCGAAGACAAGACGUGUAGAUGGAUCUUUCUCAUGGCAGAUUCAUGACAAGGUAUGGAGAUUUAGCACAGCCUUUGGAACAGUGAAUGAGUGGAAAUUUGCCAACAUUUCCAGUAUGGCUGACCACCUAAAGACCUGCAAGUUCAACACAGUGGCCCGUCGAGAGGAAGCCGUCCCUCUGCCAUGCAUGAGUCACACCAGAGAACUGACUAAAGAAGGUCGCUCAGUGUGCUCCAUCCUCAGGCCAGUCUUAUAGGCUGAGCUUAAAAGAAAAAUGUUCUGCUGUAAUGGCUUUCAGUGUGACAGAUGAGUGUGAAGUUUUCAUUUAGUAAUACCGGGGUUGGAGUUCUUACUAUGUAGUAUCAUAGGAAUUAAAUUAAGCAGAGCCUUAAUGUGAAUACAUACUUAUUUACAUUCAUUUUCUAAUAAAACAUGCUGGCUUUAUUAUUGUGAUUUUAUAUUCACUUGUACAGAUGGACAAAACAUAUUUUGAGUUCUGCUUUAUUGCAUCAUUGCUUGCAGGCAUGUCCCUUUAGGACAGAAACACAGUGCAAAGACAAAUAGUGAUCAAAAAUAGUUUAUUUAGGAAUGUAAUAAUGUUAAAUUACCAUUUGUCUUCAGCACGUUUGCAACUACGGACAGUUUAACAAAACAGUUAAACAGUUUUUGGUUUUUAGAUAUACAAUAUGUAGCACUUUACUAAAGAACUCUAAAGUUUACUUUUCAAAAUCUAAUCGAAUGUUACUAAAACCUGUAAUGUUUUGAUGCUAAGUCAUUGCUGUCAUUAUUCACUGUGGUUACAAGUGUACACUAACGUUUUACAGUAAUGUAUAUACACUCACAGUCCACUUUAUUAGAAACACCUGCACACUCAUGCAAUUUUCCAGUAAGCAAAUCAGGUAGCAGAAGCACAGUGAAUAGAGUCAUGCAGAUACAGGACCUGAAUUGGACUGCUGUUUUGUUUUUGUUUUUUUUCUUCUUCUGAGUUCUGUGAAAAGUCUAGAGACCGUUGUGCUAAAAAAUUCUGAAGAUCUGAAAUAUUGGAAUACUCCAAUACUCUGACCACCUGUCUGGCACCAACAACCAUGCCACGGUCAAAGUCACUGAGAUCACGUUUUUUUUUUCCUCCCCAAUUCUAAUGUUUGAUGUGAACAUGAACUGAAUCUCUUUACCUGUAUCUGCAUGAUGUUAUGCUUUGCGCUGCUGCCACACAGUUGGCUUAUUGGAUAAUUUCCUAUUAAAGUGGCUGGUGAGUGUAUGUCAGUGCAUUUGGAUCCUGUUGGACAACUGUAUCUCUCCAAUUUUUUUCUUCACAAAAUAAGCCGUAAUGACAGCCUGCUGGACAGGUCUAAAAUGUCUGCUAUUCAGUUAGCAUUCAGUUGUUGGACAAAUCACUAAAUACAAAUGUGAACAUGUGAACAACACAUUUCCAAGAGUUUCUCUAAUGUCUCUCAGGGUUCUAAAGCUGAAAAGGGGAAUAAGAAUGAACAGCUUAACGAAAGAAACAUGAUGUGAAGUCAUAACUGUACUUGCAUAUUUAAUGUCCAAUGUGUAAGGCAAGAAGAGCUUUAUGGUUACUGGGAUAUCAGUAUUAAAUAAAUACUAAUAAAAACAGCAAAAAUUCGAAAACUGACAAAAAGAAGCAGCUGAAACAUUGAAACAUUUAGUGUGAUGUCCCUACUUUUUUAAAAAUGGAACAGCUGAAGUGUGCACAUUUUGUAGCAUGGUAUUAGCACACAAUUGUGUAUUAAAACAGCUUAAAACAGUCAUUCAAAUUGGUUGCCAAUAGAUUUGCAUGGUUUAGCAUUGCUGUCUUAAAUUCUGAGUAUUGAAUAUUUUUGGUAUGGACAAAUGACAUUUUUAUAGCCAUAUAUUUUACAGUGAUGGCAGAUUGGCUGCACUUUUAUGAAGAUCAUAUGAUCAUUUCUGACUCCUUAUGCAUGUGAUGCUUAUGAGUGGAAAUAUCAAACGUUUGUCUGACCUUAAACAGUUUUCAUUUUUGUGUAUCAUAUAUGAUAUUUUUUGAAUACACUUAUUAAAUAUAUAACAAUAAAACCCAUUGGUGCUGA